UGCUAUAAUAUUGACUUGUGAAAAUAUUUUCAUUUUUGGUUACAAAUUGAAAUUACAAAAUUUCAAAUGGUUUAUAAUUCCUCAAACGGUAUUUUUUUACAAAAACUUAAUUCUUUAAUAUGUCCCCCGGACGAACGGCUGCGACUGGGAAUACCACAAGCCCACCUUCUGCAAUAAAUAGUAGCACUCCAGCAACAACGGCGCCGGGCACAAAUAUACGAAGGACUCCCGCAACAGCUGCAGCCAACCUUCAAAGCACUCCUGCACCGACGUCCAUUGGCAAUACUCGAAGUACACCACCAUCAGCAUCAGCAGUACAGCGCAGUGGUCCAGCAACGAAUCGAAACUUAUCAGGGUCGGCAUCAGGAACAGCACUUACCUCGGGCACAACCGCUCAAAUAUAUCCCCAACCUGUAGUUGCGUCAAUCCCAGUAUUAUCAACAACUUUUACCAAUUUGGAUACCACAACUGAAUUAAUAUUAAUUAGCGAUCGUGGCACUUAUGAUCAACUUAUGAACGCUAUUGGGCGCAAACAUUUGCUGAUUGAGUUUUAUGCACCGUGGUGUGGAGCUUGCAUGUUAAUUAACAAAAAACUCGAAGAAUUAGCUGUAACAUACACUGGGAAAUUGAUAAUUGCAAAAGUGAAUAUAGACGAUUGUGAACAAAUUGCUGUUGAAAACAAUGUCAGCAUGAUGCCUGCUUUUAUAUUGUUUAAAGAAAAUCAAAUAUUGGAAAAGUUUGCCGGAAGUAAUGAGGAAAAAUUAAUGAGUACAAUUAAGAAGCAUGUCGGGGAGCCACCAAAUGAUGUGACAAUUGAUGAACCAUCACAACAAGGGGCUCCCACCUCAACUACGCCAAUGCCACAAGCACCCACAACGACAGCAACAUAGUAAAUUGUUGUCAUGUAUGUACACUACUGUAAUAUACAAUCCUGGGCAAAAUAAAUAACUGUUUUCGCGAUUUUAAAAAAGAA